GGCCAGGUACCCAAAGCUGCCAAAGGGCUGGUGGUGAUUUCCGAUCUAGAUGAAAUUGUGAAAUGCUAUGCCAGACGAUGCCAUGCCAUCUGCAGGCAACACAUCGUAAACAUCGUAAACAUUCUCUUUAUUCCGCCCAUCCAUUCAACCAUUCAUCCAUCCAUCCAUUCAUCCAUUCAUUCAUUGUUUUGGUGCCCAGGAAUCUUGCUUCAAGGAACACCAAGCUCAUUCACAAAACCGUUCCCAGGCUCGCUACUCUUCUUAGUUCGCCAUUCCCCGGCUACGGCUACUACGAAGCAACGAGGGUCCUAUCCUGUGUGGUGUGUGAAUCCAUCAAUUAAUUCUAGGACGCUUGCUACAUCAUUCCUCCCCCCAGUCAACCCAGUGAAUUUUAUCUACAACACUCCACUAUCUCCAACUUCCUUUUUAUUCACUCGCCAUGAUAUAUUGAGCAGCAUUUGGUACUCCAUAGGCUCUUUUUGCCUCUGCACAGAGGUUUAAUUGGUUUCCCCCCCCCCGACGCGUUUCCCGUCUGCUUUCUGGCGGCAGACCUUUCGACAAGAUUGUGCGACAUAUCAUAUCUGCGUCCGUAAUUAUUCCUUCACAAAGGCGACAAUUGUGCCCAAUACCUUCCAAAUUCCCCCACUCAAAAUCUCGAGCAUCUCCACAGUAUCGCCAAAAUGGACCAGUGGCAGAAUUAUUCUGAAUCAUCAGGUUCAAGAAGGUACAACGGAAACCCCCCACCAGCCCAUCCCCAAAUGGCUAGAGAUUAUAACGGGAACCCCCAAACCCAACCUCCAGCAGGUUUUGCAUACGACCAAUAUCAGGGAGGUUUGGGAUCACAUCCUCAAUCUCUGGCAACUUCUCCUGCUGUUCCUCAGUUGACGGAUGGAAACGGAGAUGUGGCCAUGCAAGACUCUGGAGAUCAAUACAAUAUGAAAUAUCCUAUGCGCCCCCAUCACCAACAACAUCUUUCAGGCAACCAAAGGUUAUCUCACCAAUCGCCGCAAGAACCAUCUGCCGCCGCUCAACGUUAUUCUCCAAUGGAGACUUUAUCGCCAACAUCACCGUAUGGCGCGACGCAGCAGCAAAACUCAAAUCAAUACAUGUCACCACCGGGGGCUGCUAACAGACAAUCUCCUUCGAAGAAUGCCUCGUAUACUUCACCAAACGCGUACUAUCCUAAUCGUCAACAAUUACCUCCCAUCCAGCCAUAUGCUUCCAAUUCUAACACUGAAUCAUACCCAACUUCUGCGACCCAACAGCUGAAUGCCAUGUUUGGCAAUGAUCAAAAGUCUCCUCGGCGGCCAGUACCUCAGUCGGCGCAAGGUCCACCUGGAAGAGGACCAGUUCCUGAAUUUACAAAGAUUCGUUCUACUUCUGAUUUGCAACCAAAGGUUAAUGCGCAACCAGCGUUUCGCAGGGCUAAUCCAGAGGGCGGGUUCAUAAGUCCCCUUCAAGCUCUUACAAGCCAUCUUCCCUCUACCUAUCGGAUAUGCAACCCCAGCUUCAAGUACGAAUCCUCGCGGAAUCCUCGCAGAGUGCUCACGAAACCAAGCAAAGGUGUCAAGAAUGAUGGGUUCGAUAACGAAGAUAGCGAUUAUAUACUUUAUGUGAAUGACAUUCUUGGGUCUGAGGAAACUACUCAUAAAAACCGCUAUCUUAUUCUUGAUGUUCUUGGUCAAGGAACCUUUGGACAAGUUGUCAAGUGUCAAAAUCUGAAAACCCAGGAAGUUGUUGCUGUAAAGGUGGUGAAGAACAGAACUGCGUACUUUAACCAAAGUAUGAUGGAGGUUUCCGUUCUAGACUUGCUCAACACCAAGCUUGAUAAGAACGAUGAUCACCAUCUCCUGCGGCUCAAAGAUACAUUCAUCCACCGUCAACAUCUCUGUCUGGUUUUCGAAUUGCUCAGUGUGAAUUUGUAUGAAUUGAUCAAGCAAAAUCAGUUCCGAGGCUUGAGCACCACGCUUGUGCGAGUUUUUGCCCAGCAACUUUUGAACGGUUUAAGCUUGCUGAAUAAAGCGCGACUCAUUCAUUGCGAUUUGAAGCCGGAAAACAUUUUACUCAAGAACCUCGAAAGUCCUAUCAUCAAAAUCAUCGAUUUUGGAUCAGCCUGUGACGAACGUCAAACAGUAUACACAUACAUCCAGUCGAGGUUUUACAGAUCCCCCGAGGUUUUACUUGGCCUACCAUAUUCAUCAGCUAUCGACAUGUGGUCAUUGGGCUGCAUUGUUGUUGAAUUGUUCUUGGGCCUUCCCCUGUUCCCAGGAUCCUCUGAAUACAAUCAAGUUUCCCGAAUCGUGGAGAUGUUGGGAAACCCACCAAACUGGAUGCUUGAGAUGGGAAAGCAGUCUGGAGAUUUCUUCGAGAAGAGGCACGAUGUAGAUGAUUAUGGCAGAAGAACAUACCAUCUCAAAUCUAUGGAGCAGUAUUCUCGCGAGCAUGGAUCAAAGGAGCAACCAAGUAAAAAAUACUUCCAAGCUACCACCCUUCCAGAGAUUAUUCGUUCUUAUGCGAUGCCACGAAAGAACAUGAAGCCAAACGAAAUAGAGCGAGAAAUGAACAACAGAGUUGCUUUCAUCGACUUUGUCCGUGGUUUACUCAAUAUCAAUCCUUUGGAGCGCUGGUCUCCACAACAAGCCAAGCUCCAUCCGUUCAUCACCCAACAGAAGUUCACCGGUCCAUUCGUUCCGCCAAUGAAUCUCAAGUCAAGUGCUAUAAAUAGAUCUCCCGCUCCAGGAACGACACAGCAGCAGCAGGCUGAAGCAUUGAGUAAGCAACGAGCCCAGGCAGCUCAAGCUCAAGCCCAUUCGCAGGCUCAGUCUGCAGCUCAUGCUUCAUACAACUCAGGUGUCCCCGUUAAUUCAUAUGGCCAAGUGCCACAAAAUCAACAACACCCACCGAUUUACAACAAUAACAAUAUGUACACUCCGAACUCCAACCAUCAGGUUCCUCAUCAGGCUCCUCAUCAGGCUUCUCAUCAGGCUCCUCACCAAGCACCUCACCAAGCAGCCCCACCUCCAUACCCCACGCAACAAGGGUAUAACCAAAUGGGAAUGAUGGGGCAACAACCAACACAGAUGCCUCCAGCGCAAUAUGGAGCUGGUCCUUCACAGCAACAGCCAAGCCUCUAUCAGCAGGCCACUGUGAGGUCUGGAAGACAACGUGCUUCGACAAUGGAAGUUCAGCAGGGAGGUAUACCUGUGACGAUACAAAGAGUUGCUAGUCAUCUUGACCCUAGUCAACCUAUUCGUUUGCAGCCCAGUCCUGCAUAUUAUCCACCUCCACCUGAUGGAGUUCCUGAUGGAAAUCCUGGUAGCGCACGAAGAAGGGGGAGCAGAGCUGCUCAGGGCGGACAAGCACCUACCAGAAAUCGAGAUUUCAUCAGAAAUCUAGAAGAUCGAACAUUGGAGGAAGGAUUCAUGGGACAGAGCCAGUGGCACUGAGCUUCACGAUCGUAAAUUUGUAGGACGAGUAGAAUGAUGGAAGACCAGCGACAGCGAAUCACGCUAAACUUAUAAUCUAGAAAUGCCAACUGCAGUUUGGAAGCUAGUGUUCAUAUUAUUCUUCGCGCAUUAUAUGAUAGGCGUGUGUUGUCAUAGGGAUCGGGAAAAAUUUGAAUCAUGAUACCCAACCGCGGGGCUUUUCUACGAAUAUCACUCCAGGGCGGAGACUAUAGGUUUCUACGUAGUGAUGAGUUCUGCAACAAGAUGAGAAGGGCAUAAUUGGGACGAAGGGACGAAAUGAUAGGAAAAUGAAUUAGCGAAGAUGCUUUUAAAACAUCCUCGGGAAUAAUUAGGGGAGGGAGGAUGUGCGUGGUCUUUUGCUAGUAUGAGAGUUGCACUUCAGAAUUCGAUUCAUGUAAGCUAUUAGUUAUUGCAUGGAUGGAUGGAUUCAAACAGUUAAAGAUGAGAGAGAGAGCUAGGUGAAAAUGCAAUGGGGAGAAUAUAAAAGAGCGCAGUACGCCGGGUUUUCUCAGUUUAAUGGCUCUAGAAAUGUACUUGUGAUAUGAUCUCUUCGGGGUGUGUCUACAGGUCUAAUGAUGAACGACUAAACACCAGUGUGUUUUGGACUUUGACUAAUGGCUGGAUUGGAUUUACACUCAUACCCACACAAGAUAGUGCAGUAAUGUCCUACCCUUUAACUCGUCA